GCCUUGCCUAAAGCCUCUGUCCCCUCAGUUGUUAUCGAACGCUCGACCAGUGACGAUUUCGAGGAAGGUUUCUUUCGUUAACGAUGGUAUUCGAUACGAACAUGGAAAAACUCCAAGAUCUUGCGAACAAACUUCGCAUUCACUGCAUUCAAGCUACCGAGGCAUCGAAAAGCGGUCAUCCAACAUCAUGUUCGUCCAUGGCAGAAAUUAUGUCCGUAUUAUUUUUCCACACCAUGCGCUACAAGGUGUCGGCGCCACGUGAUCCAAGUAGCGACAGAUUUGUCCUGAGCAAAGGUCACGCAGCCCCUAUUCUUUAUGCAGCAUGGGCUGAGGCCGGUCUUUUCCCGACGAGCGAAUUGCUCAAUCUGAGAAAACUUGAUAGCGAUUUAGAAGGACACCCGACUCCAAGACUGAAUUUCGUCGAUGUGGGAACCGGUUCUCUAGGACAAGGUCUUUCUGUGGCUGCAGGAAUGGCCUAUGUAGGAAAGAAUUUUGACAAGGCUAAUUACCGCGUUUACUGCCUAAUUGGCGACGGUGAAGCAGCAGAAGGUUCAAUUUGGGAAGCUCUUCACUUCUCGUCUUACUAUAAAUUGGACAACCUUUGUGCCAUUUUUGAUAUAAAUCGUCUGGGUCAAAGUGAAGCAACAUCCCUUCAGCACAACAUGGAAGUUUAUCGUAAGAGACUCGAAGCCUUUGGUUUUAAUGCUUUGGUUGUCGAUGGCCAUGAUGUAGAAGAAUUGGCCAAGGCUUUCCACGAAGCACAAAACACAAAAGGACGUCCUACUGCUAUUCUAGCAAAGACAUUUAAGGGCAAGCACUUCCCUAAUAUUGAGGAUCUUGAAAACUGGCACGGGAAACCACUUGGCACCAAAGCAAAUGAAGUGAUUCAACAUUUAAAUGGUAUGCUGAAGAAUCCUGGUCCUCUUGCAAUACACCCUCAGAAACCAUUAACUGACGAUGCUCCAGUAGUAAAUAUCAGCAAUGUUAAGCUGGCUUCACCCCCAAGUUACAAAUUGGGAGAACAAGUAGCUACAAGAUUAGCUUACGGUACUGCCUUGGCCAAGCUGGCAAAAAAUAAUCCCCGUGUUAUUGCUCUGGAUGGUGAUACGAAAAAUUCUACAUACGCAGAAAAAAUCAAGACCGUUGACCCGACACGAUUUGUCGAAGGUUUUAUUGCCGAGCAAAACGUUGUAGGAGUUGCGAUCGGUGCAGCAUGCAGAGAUAGAACCAUUGCGUUUGUAUCUGCUUUUGCUACAUUCUUUACUCGUGCCUUUGAUCAGAUCCGUAUGGGUGCUAUUUCACAAACUAACGUCAACUUCGUUGGAUCUCAUUGUGGCGUGUCUAUCGGUGAAGACGGCCCUUCGCAAAUGGGUCUCGAAGAUGUAGCCAUGUUCCGUACCAUUCCUGGUUCCACUGUCUUUUAUCCCUGCGAUGCCGUUUCAACAGAACGUGCCAUUGAAUUGGCAGCCAAUACGAAGGGCAUCUGUUUUGUCCGUACAUCACGGCCUGCCACAGCAGUGUUAUAUAAAAACGAAGAACCAUUUGUUGUUGGCAAGGGUAAAGUUGUCAAGUCCUCUGCUAAAGAUCAAGUCCUCGUCAUCGGAGCUGGCGUGACUGUACACGAAGCGCUGAAAGCAGCCGACGAAUUGUCCAAAGUUGGAGUAAACGUACGUGUGAUUGAUCCGUUUACGAUUAAACCGCUGGAUGCUCAAUUGAUCGUGAAGAAUGCAAAAGAAGUGGGCGGAAAGAUCAUUACCGUUGAAGAUCAUUACCCAGAAGGUGGUCUGGGCGAUGCUGUUCUAUCAGCAGUUGCUUUGGAACGAAACAUCAUAGUUAAAAAGCUGGCAGUAAUGGAAGUGCCCCGUUCUGGUCCUCCAACCGCAUUGUUGGAAAAAUAUGGAAUUAGCGCGAACAAGAUCGUCGCUGCCGUUCAAGAAGUCUUAAAAUUAUAAGUUUCAUUGGUUUAUAUAAUGUUGUCGAUGUUUUCGAUUCGCGGAAAUAAAUACGCUGAGCCUAAUGUCAUAUCAAAAUUUAUAAAAAGGUAAUUGUAUUCAGACAGCUGCAACGAAAACUAAUCCAUUCCGUAUCGUUUUCGCAUACAAUAUACGCAUAGAAAUCGAGAAUUUGGUUUAUGUUAAUAUAUUACGGAAGAGAAAUGCUCGUGUAUGAAAAGAUUUUUCUUCGUGCGUAUACACGUAUAUUUUGUACAGGAAAUUGUUAAACUUGAAUCUACAUAGAAUUUUUAUAUAUUGAAAUUUUAUUUUAUACGAAAAUUUGAUACACAUAAUAUUUAUAGAUUAAGAGAACUCUACUGCCCACGAAAGGAGUAUAUAACGGUCAUUUUCAACCGUGUCUGUCGUAUUAUAAACAAAUAGAUACACUUGCGCUAAAA